AUGGCUCGUUGUGUCCCAAGAAUGCGCGGAGCGACGUCUCGCCUUGUCGCUCUACAACCCUUCCUCGCCCAGCCUUCCCUCACUUCAUCCACGCCCACACCCGCGCUCCUUCCGCCCUCCACCCCGCCUCUCCCCUUCCACCCGCUCCCCGCUUCCGCCGCUGCAUCUUCCCCCUGCCCCCCCCGCCAACCAUGGCUCCGCUCAACCGUUUCCGCUCUCCUCCCAGCGUCCUCUGUCCCCUCCCCAAACGCGUCUUCCGCUCUGUCUUUCCUCUCCGUCCCAUUCGUCCCUUCUUCCGCUUCCGCCCUUUCCGCCCCUUCCGUCCUCCGACCCGCGCGCUCCCCCUACCGUAACUCCCCUCCUCCCCUUCCUUCCCCGUACCGUGACGCCUGGCUACAUCUCGCCCGCCAAAUCAGCAGCAGCGCGGGAAGCAGCGGCGGGGGAAGCGGCUCUGCGGUGGAGGCGUCCCCCGGCGGAGCUGGCGCGGGGGAGGCACCACCUGGGGGAGGCGUUUUCCAGAAUAUCCGGGUGGAGCUUGUGGCGGACGGGCAGGUUGGGUUAAUUACCCUGGCACGGCCGAAAGCACUGAACGCACUGUCGCAGGCGGUUAUGGGGGAGGUGGUAUCUGCGCUCAAGUGGAUGGACCAGAAGGACUCGGUGGGGGCGACGGUGGUGACGGGCGAGGGGCGCGCGUUUGCAGCCGGGGCGGACAUAGCGGAGAUGGCGCCGCUGACCUUCGCUGCUGCUCUCAAGGGCGACUUGCUGGGGCAGUGGGACGACAUGCGACGUGUGAAGAAGCCUGUCAUCGCUGCUGUCAAUGGCUAUGCCUUGGGUGGCGGGUGCGAGCUGGCAAUGAUGUGUGACAUCAUUCUAGCCGGCGAAAAAGCCGUGUUCGGUCAGCCGGAGGUGAAGCUGGGGGUCAUUCCCGGGAUGGGCGGCACGCAGCGUCUCACUCGCGCGGUGGGCAAGGCGCGAGCCAUGGAGAUGAUUCUGACAGGGGAGUUCUUUAUGGAUGCAGAAGAGGCUGCACAGGCUGGGCUUGUCAGCCGAGUGAUCCCAGGUCCACAAGAGGACCUAUUGAAAGCAGCCAUGGCAACAGCUGCCAAGAUUGCAGCGCUGUUGCAACCAGCCGUGGCCAUGGCCAAGCAGAGCGUCAACGUUGCCUUCACCAACAUGAAUGCAUUCCCCCCGGCAUUCCCCUUGUUCACCCCUCGUUUUCCCGUCACGUUCCCCAGAUCCCAGCCCAGGCCCACCAGAGGAGCUAGUGAAAGCAGCCAUCGCAACAGCUGCCAAGAUAGCAGCGCGGUCGCAACCGGCAGUAGCGAUGGCCAAGCAGAGCGCCCACAGGAAGACCUAGUGAAAGCAGCCAUCGCAACAGCCACCAAGAUAGCAGCGCUGUCCCAGCCAGCAGUGGCCAUGGCAAAGCAGAGCGUCAACGCGGCUUUCAACGGGUCGCUGGCUCAAGGGCUGGCGGAGGAGCGGGCACUCUUCCUCUCCUGCUUUGCCCUCGCCGACCAGAAGGAAGGCAUGGAGGCUUUCCUUGAGAAGCGGGCUGCUCGUUUCAAGCAUGAAUGA